UGCAAACCCUCCACUCAGAUCAUAGCCAUGCUGCCGCAAACGCGGAAGAAACAAUUGGCGAAGUGGGCACUUUGUAGCGGAGCGAAGGAGUCAGAAGAUGUUUGCUGAGUGUGGCCAUGCCUGCAAAGCCAGAGCCAUUUCUGGCCACCUUGCCGCGCUGGGAGAUUACCCUUUACUGGGCACUGUCUCUUGGCUCCCAUCUCUACUCCUUCUACGAGGUGCACUGCUUUUCCAAAGAGCAUGAGCGGGGUCUUGACCGGGAGUUUCCCCUGGAGAAGGGCUUCCUCAUCUGGGGCUUGAAGAGGGAUGCUGCGGACUUUGAGUGGAGCUUCUGGGGCGACUGGGCAAAGAAGUCCCUCCUCUACUCUCUGAUUGGCCACGCCAUGGUGUCCAGGCUCGCCAGUCUUUAUCUACCUCAGUGGCAUCUUGCCAUCCUCACCGGCUACGGUGUCCUGGCGGCCUGUCACCUGCUGGGCCUUCGUGGCGUGGCGGUACUGAUGCUUCAGCUCAGCGUCUCAUUGGCUGUUGCUCAGCUGCACAGCCCCGUCCUCUGCUGGGCCUCCUCACUCCUGCUGCUCUCCACACUCCACAUCACUAGUCUGCAGGAUAUCCAGCGUGCCUGGUAUGAGUCAGAGGACCAGUACUACCUGCUGCUCUUCAGCGUGGCCGUGUGUGGCCUCCGCUGUAUCAGCUUCAGCCUGGAGUUCUGCUGGAGCGCCAGUGGUCAGCAUCAGCACCAGUAUCAUCAGCACCGCAUCCAGCUGGAGCAUCAUCAGCAUCAGCACCAACAGCAUCAGCACCACGAUCAGCAGGAGCAUCAUCAGGGGCUGUAUACCCCACAUCAGCACCACCACCACCGUUGUCAGGACCUGCAUCCCCAGCACCAGGGCCACCAGCAUCAGCACCAGCAGCAUCAGCAUCUCCUGCAUCAGCAUCCCCAGUGCUGCCCCCUGCAGGCUGGAGGAGCACAGCAGCAGCAGCAGCAGGAGGCCAGUGGUCAGAGGUGCUUCUUCACGCAGCUCUAUCGGCUGUCUGCCUACUGCUUCUACCACCCUCUGUUCUUCAACGGGCCUGUCAUCAUGUACAGGGACUUCAGCCAGCAGAUGCUGUACAGGUCCUGCAGGGCGGAGGUGUGUGUCGUGUCGGCGUGGGGUGUGUUCAUGAGCGUGGCGCGGGUGUGUGUGUGGUGGUGCGUGGCUGAGACCCUGAUCCACACCAUGCACAUGCACAGCAUCCAGAGCAACGAGACUUACCUGGAGAUACUGCCGCCAUGGGCCCUCGGGGGUCUUGCGUUGGCGUUGGUGCAGUUCUUCUAUGUGAAGUACCUGGUGCUGUUUGGCGUGCCCUCACUGCUGGCGCGGCUGGACGGCCUGCAGCCUCCUACUCUUCCUCGCUGCGUCAGCAUCAUGUACAGCUUCAGUGGCAUGUGGAGACACUUUGAUGUGGGACUCUACAAGUGGCUCAUCAGGUACAUCUACGUGCCCCUGGGCGGCUCUCGGCGUGGCCAGUUCCGGAAGGUGGUCUCCACCGCGCUGGCGUUCGGCUUUGUGUGUUUCUGGCACGGUGGCCAUGACUACCUGAGGCAGUGGGCGCUGCUCAACUGGGCUGGAGUCCUGCUGGAGAACGCAAUGGCAACCGUCCUCACCUCCCCACCCCUCAGCACAAUACUGGAGCGUGUUCUGUCUCCGCCCAUGAGGAGGCGUGGCCUGGCCUUCGUCUCUGCCUUCUCCACGGGUCUGCUCAUCUUGUCCAAUCUCAUCUUCCUGGGUGGCGACCACGUUGGCAGAAUUUUCUGGAAGAGAGUCUUCGUGCGAGGGUGGUCCAACAUCGCCAUACCCAUGCUGGGCUUCCUCUACUGCUUUGCCCAGGUGGGAUUGGAGUGGGAUCGCACACCAAGAUGACCCUUCAUGUCAACAGACUCCCAAAAUGCAACAGUAGCCGCCAUGUGAUGGAGCAGCGGACCUCACCAUUUCUGUGUGUGUGUGUGUGUGUGUGUGUGUGUGUGUGUGUGUGUGUGUGUGUGUGUGUGUGUGUGUGUGUGUGUGUGUGUGUGUGUGUGUGUGUGUGUGUGUGUGUGUGACUGGAAUGGGAUUGCACGGCAAGAUGGACCCUUAUGACAACUGACUCCCAAAAUGCUAGUGGCAGUCAUGUGAUGGAACUUAUCUCAACCCGGCUCCCAUCUUGCAUGAGUUUCUCCCAUCUUGCACCAUCCAAGUGACGAGCCUGGCAUCACCGAGCACAUCUGCCUCCCUCCUCUGAAGCCGGACUUCCACUUCCUCAGCCAAGUCCUUUCAUGUGCUCACACACACUCCAUGUGGCUUGCAAUGACGUUAAUAUACUGUAUACGAAUGGCCUCAGUGAGGCUGUGAAGUCUGUUCUGCUGUACUGCGCAACUGGGAAAAUAUAAUGAUUGACUGUA